GUCAGCAGCCCUAGCCAGAAGUCGCUGCAGAGCAUUUUGGGGCCCAGCUCCCGCUUCCGGCACACGCAGGGCCGAGUGCUGCACCGCGACACCCACCUCACCAACCUGCGGGGGCUCAGCCUCACCACGCCGGGCGAGUGCGAUGGCUUCUGCGCCAACCACCAGCGCGUCGCCCUCCCCCUGCUCUCUGCCGGUGGCCAGAUUGCCGUCCUUGAGCUCUCCAAGCCAGGCCGUCUCCCUGACACGGCCAUGCCCACCAUCCAGAACGGCGCAGCGGUGGCCGACCUCUCCUGGGACCCCUUCGACCCACAGCGCCUCGCUGUCGCGGGCGAAGACGCCAAGAUCCGGCUGUGGCGGAUCCCCAAGGGAGGCCUGCAAGAGACACUGCAGGAGCCUGAAGUUGUCCUCCGAGGUCAUACGGAGAAGAUCUACUCCAUCCGAUUCCACCCCAUGGCAUCUGAUCUCCUGGUUUCCUCCUCUUACGACAUGACCGUGCGGAUCUGGGAGCUGAGCACCGGGCAGGAAGCCUUGUGCCUGCAGGGACACACCGAUCAGAUCUUCAGCCUGGCUUGGAGCCCUGAUGGGAAGAAGCUGGCGACAGUGAGCAAAGACGGCCGGUUACGGCUCUAUGAGCCCCGCCGCACCCCUCAGCCUCAACAGGAGGGUCCAGGUCCCGAGGGGGGCCGUGGAGCACGCCUGGUUUGGGUUUGUGGCAGCGACUACCUCCUGGUGUCUGGCUUUGAUAGCCGCAGCGAGAGGAGGAUCCUCCUGUACCGGGCACAGGCCCUGUCCGAGGGACCUUUGUCUGUCCUUGGCCUCGACGUGGCCCCCUCCACCCUCCUUCCCUUUUAUGAUGAGGACACCAGCGUUGUCUUCCUCACUGGCAAGGGUGACACCAGAGUCUUCCUCUAUGAGAUAGCGCCGGAGCCCCCCUAUUUCCUCGAGUGCAACAGCUUCACCUCCAACGAACCCCACAAGGGCUUCGUCUUCCUGCCCAAAACAGCGUGCGAGGUGCAGGAGGUAGAGUUUGCCCGGGCACUGCGCCUUGGGCAGAGCACCCUUGAGCCGGUGGCUUUCCACGUGCCACGGGUCAAGAAGGAGUAUUUCCAGGACGAUAUCUACCCACCAACC